AUGUUACCUCCUGCACUUGUCAGCACAUACAGACUGUAUAAACAAGACACAGAUUAUGUAGCGACAUGGUUAACACAGACAGCUAAGGCACAUGGCUAUCCUGACGCAUUAUCAGAGGUUGUCGAUAUGGCGAAGGCUAGCUCAAAGCGUCUGAAAGGAAAGGCAAGGACAAAGGCGAAAAAUAGAAGCAUUGGCCAGUCUGUGCAAACACAGAAGACGCAUACGUACACCUUGGCCAUCAAGGAUUUUGUUCCACUGGCGGCUUUCAUUGCAAGUCGAGCGAAUUCCGGGAUACAAGUUCCUGGUCUCAUUAUGAGCAUUCUAAAUCGGAUCAUAGAAGCGAGAACCCAUCAUGGCCAGCAGUUGAACGAUUAUGGAGGCCAAACUACUGCCCAAGAAAAUGUGAAACAUCAACACUUUAUUAAAGUUUUAGAGGAGGUGCGAGAUACGCUGAAGCCUUGUACACGCUUACCUCCACCAACGUCUGCGGCUACAGAGGGCCCAGGAGAAGCGCUGAAUGGAGUAGAGUCAGUCUUCGACGCUCUUGCAGUAAGCGAGGCUUCUCCAAGUCUUUUGGAUACUCUCGGUAUGCAAAGCCGCCAAAUCCUGGCAGGUGACGAGGCGGUGUACAUGGCAGAACCACAGACAUCCUUCGAAAACGCUAUUGUUGCCUAUACAAUGAUGAUGAACGAUCUACAAGACAUUAGAUCACGCAUUCGAUGGAUAUGGGAAAACUACAAGAAAGGCCUUUUCACCCUUUCCGGAGCGGCUGUGGCUACCGAUACUGCCAUCGACCUUGCACGCAACGCCACAGAGGAAGUUACCCCACUGUUCAAAGAUCAUAAUGGAUUUCCAGGGAUGAUUCACAGUUUCUUUCGCUACCGCUGCCUCCUUAAAGGAUAUCAGGAAAACGAAGUGUAUCUAUCAGAAGAGGAUAAUUUCAACUACGAUUUGUACGAAAUUGCCGAUGAGGUUUAUAUGAAUGUCUUCAGGAUGCUGCAUAGUUUUGCUGGAACUCUCGUUCAAUCAGAUGUCCCCAUCUACGUAGAUGGAACGUUCGGUAGCUACGACCCAACUAGCAACAGGGAUCUUAAAACUGGGAGGCAGAAAUUCACCGAGGAUAGAAUUCUAUUACUGGAAUUCUUCACCGAACUCAUCACAGUCGCUCGGCGCAUCCCUGACUACCCAGCGAAGGAUGUUUUUCUGUGUGGCAUGGUUGAACUGAGUAAGACAGGGGCGGUACCUUUCUAUCUCAUUUUUGCCGCUCAGGUCUUCUUAGAUAUCCAUCAUAUCCUUCGCGAUCAAGCGGCUCUCUCUUCCGAGCAGGUACUACGUCAGGUCACAAGAAUGAACAGUGAGCUUGAGAAACACCUGAAUUUCCAUACGAAUCUUAAGAUUGGAGGAUGGCCCGCAUCUAACGAUACAAUUAUUCGAGAGCUGCGGAAGAAUAUGAGGUGGAUUGAUGGCGAUCCUGUUUACAAAGCGAAAGUCAAACUCCUUCAGCAGGCUGGACGUCCCAUUUCGUCAUGCACGAAGCGACAUCAUAUCCUCAGACGCUCGCCUGUGCUUUCAGGUUUGAUCCUCUUUCACUUCCAGCUUCGAUUUCACAAUGCGGGGAUCUCUGUCACAGAUGCCUGGGGGUCUACUAUCUACACCGCCCACUUAUACAACGCACUGCGCAAUGAGAAACUUCUAAAGAGACGAUGGAAUGGGUUGGACGUGGCCCAAAUUCUGUUACGUGAGGAAAGCUUCUACGUAGCAGGCUGGCCACAGAACAAAGAAAGAUACUUACAGGAAUUCUGUCUCCGGCUGGGUAUGGACGAGGCUUUAUUUAAGAAACCAAUUCAAGAUCAACGGAGAUCUAGUAGCUUUGGAUCAGGUGCGGAGGCUGGAAAGAUAAAAGAUCGCAUUCCGGUAUCUUUAAAAUUUAAAAGCAGAUAUGCUGGGGAAGCAGAACGUGUGGACUGGACACCUAAGCAGAUAGAUGGCAUCUGCUCUUCAAGCGAGUAUCAGCAAGUGAGGUUAGAAGAGGAAGAUAUUCUUCAGUUCCAUUUAAUCCCGGAUGCUGAAGAACUUAGACGCAGGCGCGAGCAGCAUCAGAGGAAACCUAUUAGUGCCGAUUCCCUGCGGCCGGAGAGCUUGGUCAGGGAGCUUAUGUUGAGUCUGCAAAACGAAUCUCUUGAACUUCAGUUUUCUUACUUGCUGUUACAUCGCUUAUGCUGGCAGCUUCUGAGGCGGGUUAAAGAGCACUGCGACGCUCUAAUGUGCGAGAGAUAUGGGUCAAAAUACAUAGAGCGUGAAAACCAGUUGCCCUUUUUGGUUGGAUAUAUACUUGGAGCUGCUGUUGGCAUGGAUUAUGAGCUGAUGCAAGCUGCAGCGGAUGGUAUGAACGAGAUGAAUGAGUUUUUUGAUGCAGCUGACCAACAGCUUGGGCUCGGGUUCGACUCGGAUAUGAUUUCGAACUCGAUAGGAUUUAGGAUUGCUGAAGACGGAACUGUUGGUCGCAGCUCGACAAGUGCCCAUGCCGAGACAAAUGUCGCCAUAUGGUCGCCAGCCCACCCAACAGCUUUCGAUAAAGUUUGUAAAGCUACCAUUUUUACUCGCCUGGGAACUAGGCACUCGCACCAAGAGGUUAAAGCGGCACUCGACGCAACCAAAGAUGUUGACCAGACGUUCUGCCUAUCGGUCAACAAUAUUAUUCUCAUCUUCUCUGCCUCUCAGGAUGAGUACACUAUGCAUUGUCACAAAGUUCUCCAAAUGCUAGAAAACCGUUCAAUGCGUGUAAAUGUUAAUGACUGUGUUUUCGACUCUGAAAACAGCACUGACGCAGGCAUUUAA